UGGUACAUUAUAAAGAAAAUAUUUUCUACGGCAUUCACUUAUAAAGUAAUGUCAAAAACUCAAAAGCUAAUUGCCACAAGACUGGGUCUCUGGAUUUGUUUUCGUUGUAUAAAAUUAUAAGAAAACUCAAGUCAUGAACUGUGUUAACUAAAAUAAGCAAUGGAAAAAACUAGAGUAUUGUCGGGAGCAGCUCUAGUAGCAAAAGGUAUAACUAAAAUAGAAGCAUCUCUUCCUGAAAUAGGACUGAAAGAUGUUGCACCCAACGGUUCCUGGCUUGAACAGAAACAAAUACAGGCUGCAUUGGAGGCACGGAAGUAUUUGAUUGAAGUUGAAAGGAUUGAAAAAUGUGGAGUCCUGAGCCAUGCAAUUUGGCGCGAUGAUCUAAAGCUCGCGGAAGUCACACAAAAGAGUGGUGGACAUUGGCAGUACCUGGGUCAUAAUGUUGGUAAAAUGUUGUUCCUUAAUCCUGAGGAAACAUUGUUUUUAAUGGAAACAAACUGUCUACAACUAAAACACAAUGAAGUCACAGUGUCAUUACAAAAAGCAUAUGCUUUAUUACUAGAUUCAUCAAAUAGAAUACAAUAUCAAGUUUAUGCAUCACUUAGUAGAGUAGGCUACAAAGUAUUUAGACAUGCAGGUCCUAAAUGGAAUGUUGAGGUAAAAUCCCAUUCCCAAGAAGUUCAUAAUGUGAAAGAAGUUGAUCAUGUUGAUACAACAGUAUCUAGUCAACUAGAAGAUUCACAAUCCACCAAUGAUAGUACAUCAGAAGAUAAUACUAAAUCGGAUAAUAAUGAAUCAUCACUAAAAACAGUUGAUGAUAAUGUUAAAAAUGUCGACUCCAUUGAAACAAAUAAAGCUAUAGACGCUGAGAAUAAAGAUACCUCAAAAAGUGAACAGAUAAGUUCAAAAGUAGGCACAGAUAAUGAAGCUCUUGACUCCAAAGACGUUGAAAGCACUGAUGAUCAAAGGAAAAGUGCUGAAGUGUUUGCUAUUGAAAUAAGUAAAUCUGUAGAUAGUCAAGAGAGUACAGAAAAAUGUAAUGGUAUAAGUGAAACAUGCGUCGAAAAGGAAUCUCCUGACAAAUUGCAUGUAGAUGAGAAAGAAAUAAAGACUAGUAAUGAAAGCACUGAAGCUAAUGAAGGAAUGUCGCCUCCAAAGGAUGAUAAUGUACAUAGAAUGGAUGUUUCUACUGAAAAUGUAACAACUGCAGAUUCUGGUAUUACAGUAAUGGAAAUCAGUGAUGAUAAAAUUGAAGACACCACAGCUAUAAAGGAAACUAAUUGCGCAGAAACUUCAAACGUAUUAGUGGAUCCUGAACCUGACCGGGGGUAUAUAAGCGGAACUGCGGCUCACCGCUGGCAGUUGAGUUCUAAGUCUAAAGCGAUUCGGAAGAAAAGGAAGAAGUGA